AGUCAUGACUCUAAAACCGCAAAGAAUGGCAAAAAGAGCAGCAAAAAAAAUUCGAGAAAGGCAGGGCAGCUAUACGCUACUCCGUGCGGCAAGGCCAUAGUCGCAAGCGACUUGGAUCUCGAUACUGGGCUUGCAACACAUGAUAUGCUACACCGAGCAGCCCACAGAAUCAUUUCUAGCACAGAACUUCACCUUUGCUAUUUGAUAACGCCAUAUGCGAGCGUGGAUAAGGAGAAGGAGAAGAAGCGCAUGCUCGCUUUUGACGCAACCUUGAAGCGACUGCAAAGUUCACCGAACCCACGGAAGACACAGCAGCCUUCGUCCCUGAAAGCACCUGACGCGACGGACACGGGCACACUCCAGGGCCAUCAAGGAGUAAGUAGCAAUACCACUGGUGCAACGUCAUCAAGGAAGGGAGAUAUUAGAACAGGCAAGAGUGUUAACAUCAACACGCCUGGUGUGCCCGCGAUGGGAGCGGCUACGCCUAAACAAGGCACGACCACUGGUCUUCAGAUGCAUCAGAGUGCGCCAGUUGUAUUUAAUCAGUCUCGAUUAACUGGAGCAGGACCGGC